GGCGCAAGUAGUGGGUGUGCCUCUUGUUUUGCCUUCUGUUUGUUUUGUUUCAGUCGGCCAUCGGCCUCUCAAGAAUCUUCAAAGUUGAAACUAAUUUUAGAAGAAAAUCUGUGAGAAACCCCCUUUUCUAAAAAAAGGAAAUUUCUGAUCUCCAAAAAAAAUCAACACGCCUGGGAACUUUAUUGCUUGUUCCGAGAUGACCAGAAACAAAAAUAAAUCCGGUAAAUCUUCUCGAUGGGACUCGAGAUCUCCUAGUGAGUCUAAAACCAGUCGUAGCAAAUCCAGCAAAGAUAAGUCUUCUGCAGCCGGGAGAGCAUCUCCACAAGGCCAUCGAGGUGACCGACAUAACAAUCAGCAUCGUCCCUCUGAACCAAGGAGCAACAAUGGAGACCAAAAUCCCUGGCAGUACAUGCCAUACCCACCUUAUUACUACCCUCCUCCGUAUUUACAAAGUAAAUAUGCACCACCGUCUCUUUGGCCUCCGUUCUACCAUUCUAAUUUUGCGGCUGGCAUACACGGAAGCAACUCGAACAGCAACGUUGGCUUCCAAAAUUACUAUGGGAUACCUCCGAUGCCUCCUCCCUUUGGCAUGUUCAGAAACACUCCUCACGAGAUAAACCAAAGAGAUGGAAACAGACAAGAUCCUACACAUAAGAACCAGGAGGCAGAGGAACCGCCUCCCCUCGGCUCGGAGGCUGCGAGAGAGAAAGAAAGGGCGGCCAUCGCUGAAAGACUGAAGCAAUUUGACAAGAAACCCUGCGGAGAAGUUGCAAAGCAAUCAAAGAAACCCAGCACCCCCACAAGCCCUGUAAAAAGUAGUUCAACUUCUGUCAAGUCCACGAGCGCUUCUAAGAAACCACUAACUAAAAGCAAACCGAGAGAAGAGAAAUCUUUAAAAAGGCCUUCAUCAAACUCUGCCAGUGAAGUCCCAAACAAAAAAUCAAGUAACAGUGAUGUGAACAAGGACAUCGCCCAUCGGAUAUCCUCAAUGGGUCUUGUUGAAAUAAAAAACCUGGUCAACCACCCCCAAUCGGUGAAGUCGCAAGAAAUUCUCAAAGCCCUCAUGGACCAUUACCGAACACUUAAGGGAGUGGAACUUGAUAAAAGAAGACUUCUUGCUCCUACUACAUCAAGCUCGGCACCGUCAUGCAACCAGGUGCUCAGCGAUGUUGAUUCAAUUGCGAUAGCAGACUUGCCGCAGGAGAUCAUCACGCAGCUGGAAAAUUUUCUUGGUUGCGACCUUUUUACUCCAGUUGAGUUCCAACCUAGUGAAGAGAUUGCUCUGGAUCAACUGAACUCUCCUCCACUAAACACUCAUUCGGACACUCCUCUGGUUGUGGAAGAACCUCAAUUGGUGUCAGAUAAUCCUUCUAUAAAUGAGAUGCCAGAAAAUGAGAACAUCAGAGACCCAGAACAAAUUUUGGAGGAGCUCGUAAUUAUUGACAUGAGAAUUCAAGCUGAGAUGCACAGAAAAAUGGAAUUAUACCGUCAGUUGCAUGAAAUCAUGGUCAGAUCCUCUCAAAGCACUUUGGAAAAUGUGGAACCAUCUCAACCAAGUGAACAACAAAUUUCAAGUUCCAGCGGAGAUGCUCUGCCGCCUCCUAUGCCAGUAAUGGAUUUGCCGACUCAGUUUCCUGCUGAAAGUUCUUGCAGUAGUGAAAUUAGCAAGCCCUCUGGUGAAUCUUCUGCCCAAAAUAAACAGCCAAAACCGAGCAAAUUGCACAAGAAUGCUCGUGAAGGCGCAGUGCAUGACAAAAGGCAGCUUGGAGUGGACAAAGCAGAAGUUAAAAAGCAAUCCCUGCAAAAACAUGCUGCUGCAAAAACAGUCCUCAAGGAGAGAAUCUCGAUUGACAUUAGAAGUUUCAGAAUUGAAUUAUAUGACUUAAAAGUAGUAGAUUCGACAACCAUAGUCGCAGCCUGCAACAAUCACAAUAUCUAUGGAUUUGAUAUUUCAUCUUCAAAAAAGACUCAUGAAUUUAAAGGCCACGUUGAUGUUGUAACUUGCUUACUGCCGGUUAAAUAUAGGAGAGAACACAUAGAAGAACAAAUUAUCUGUUCGGGUGGCUUAGACGAGCACAUUUGUGUGUUUGGUUAUCAUAGUCAGCAAUGUGUUGCAAAACAUUAUGUUGCAAGCCCCGUCCUAAGCUUGGCAUUCUACAAUGAUCUCGUUACCAACUCAAAAUUGCUUUAUGCCGGAUUAAAAAAUGGAAUGGUACAAACUUACGAUGUUGAGAAAUUUGUUCCAAGGGGCAGUCUCGAUUGUGGAAGCAAAGCAAUAUCUGCUUUGCUAGUAACUAAGGAAGGGCCUCGAUCGAUACUCAUUGUGGGUGCAGAAGACAAAACAGUUUGCAUACGAGAUGCCUCGACUGGGCUUUAUUUGCGACAAUUUAACUAUUCGUAUGUAGCAACAAAUUUCGUCCUGCAUGGAGACUCGCUUUUUUGUCAAAGUGUCUCAAACGGUGUGACGUACUUCGACAUAAAGACUGGUGAAUAUUUGGGAUUCCUGAAAGCUAAUUCUACUGUGUCAAGGAUGGUCAAAACAGAGAAUCUACUUAUAGCAACCUUGUUCAGUGGUUCAAUGAGGGUUUUUAACAUGGAUACUAAAAGAUUUGUUACUGAAAUCAGUGGCGAAGGGAAGCUGUUCAGAUAUAUAGAUGUUGCAGAUGAAAAGAUAAUUGUUGCUGCAAGGAUAAAUGAUAUGAUGGUGAUACCGUUUCCGUUGGAGAUGAGAGAAGCCCUGCGAAGUCGAUGAAACAUACAAAUUAUUUAAUAAAGUAAAAUUUAUUAAAAAUUUUGUUUCAAAAAGUUAU